AUGAAAACCUUUAGUUCAUCGGAUUAUAAAUAAAAUACCAACAACCCAAGAGAAAUAUAUCAGCAUAAAUAAAUAAAAAAAAGGAGUCAUCUUGAGCUUCAAAAAACAAUGGAUGAUUUUGAAUUUGACAUUGACCAAUUAGAUCAACUAUUGGACUUUAUUUCUUCUUCUCCACCUCCUCCUCCUUCAACAACUCUUCAAAAGCAAGAUUCAUCAAUUUCAUUACAAACACAAAGCUCUAAUGAUCUUGUUACAAUUAGUCAUAAGCCUAAAGAGAAACCAAUUAUCACCAAUAUUAAUACUGAUGAUCAAAGUCAAGAUGCUGCUAGAAACCCUCCCAAAGAGAAAGAGAAGAAAAAAGUCAUACGAAGAGAUAUUGAAAGGCAAAGAAGGAGAGAUAUGGCUAAGCUUUAUCAGCGUUUGCGCCUUCUUAUUCCUUCUGAGUAUCUCAUGGGAAAGAGAUCCAUAUCUGAUCAUCUAGAAGAGAUAGUGGACUAUGUAAAAGACUUGAGGAAGAACAUAGAGGACUUGGAAAGAAAGAGAGACAGUUUGAAAAAUAUUUGUAGCUCUGAUCACUUGGCACCAUCUUCUUCCUCCAUGAAGUUAAGUGAUCAUGAUAUUAAUAAUGGCAAUGAUGAUGAUGAUGAUACAAUAAGAGUGAAAUCAUGCAAUGAAGGAGUGGAAAUUUCAGUAAAAGGAGGGCUCCCUCUAUCAAAAGUGCUUAAGGUUCUUAUGAAAGAAGGGCUUAUUGUUAAUAGUUGUGUUUCCUCCACAGUUAAUCAAAAGCUUCUUCACAUUAUUCAAUCUAAGGUGAAGACAAGAGAGGAUAUUGAUCUCGCAAGGUUACGACACAAGUUGAUGAGUUUACCUUAGGCAUAAUAUAUAUAUAUAUAUAUAUAUAUAUUGAACUGAGGUGGGACUUGAGAUUUUUAGGGAUUUCUCUUUGAAUCCCGCCUAAAUCUCAAAGAACCAAUAGAAAUCUUGGAUUUAUGAUUUGAUACAUCCCGAGGGGCUCGGGAGUGAUUUGGAUCAUUGGUAGGAAA